UUUCGGAAUUAGUUGAUUAAUUUUGGUGGUUUGGAGCUUUAUAAACAAGUUGUAGACUCAGUUCUGGUAAAUAGUGAAAUCUUGCACUUCUAUUCAGCUUGGCCAUCCGAAUUUUAUGUGAACCUUACUGAUAUUAGAGAAAAAUACGAGUUGGUUUCCCUUGUUUACGGUUUUCUCAAUCCUUUUGUUCUUCCAGGUGACUGUCUGCCUACAGUGUGGGGAUAGGGGUUUCGAUGUUGCUUUGAUCUCUUGUGGUGACUGUCGAAAAUGUGCUAUUCACCUCCUUUUAUGCUUUUCAGCUAUUGCCUGGAAAUUUUGCCUAAAAGUUUCGACGAACAUGUUGUUUGGUUCUGUGAGGAUUGUCGACCCAAGCUUGGAAAGCCCGAUACUAAUGACGAAAGUUGCUCUCCCUUGUGUGAAGAGGAUGACUUAGAGAUAACAGAAUUGGUACAAUGUGCAAAAAAUUUUAAAAAUAUUCCUCUAGAAAGAUUGGGGAAGAAGAAGGGGAAUGAAAAGUGGACAAGGGACAAGAAGAAGAGAAAGAAGAAUGAGCUUAAGCCACAAACGGAAAAAGAUGAGGAAGGAGGACAGUUGGCCGAGAAGGGCACGGUCUUUACAUCAGAGGCAGAAGUUGAGAAACCCAAAAAUGUAUGCCUUAGUCAAGUUAACGAAACUCAGAUUAGUGGAAACUAUGACAAAGCUGAAAAUAUUGGAAUAGAUGUGAGAGCUACUUUGGGAGACAUGCGGAACUCUAAUGAAGAGGAUGAAAAGUGGACGAGGGAGAAGAAGAAGAAGAAGAGAAAGAAGAAUGAGCUUAAUCCACAAAUGAAAAAAGACGAGGAAGGAGGACAGUUGGCUGAGAAGGGCACGGUCUUUACAUCAGAGGCAGAAGUUGAGAAACCCAAAAAUGUAUGCCUUAGUCAAGUUAACGAAACUCAGAUUAGUGGAAACUAUGACGAAGCUGAAAAUAUUGGAAUAGAUGUGAGAGCUACUUUGGGAGACAUGCGGAACUCUAAUGAAGAGGCUGAAUCCAUGAAGGCCCCACAAUCAGCAAAGCUUGAUUGUCCGGAGCUAUUUGGGAAAGAUACUUAUCUGUAUGCCCAGCCAAUUAUUGAUCCAAUCUGGAGGGGAAGUUUGAAAUUCAACAAACAAGGGAUCAAUUAUUUUGGGAAAGUCGUGGCACACGUGUCCAACUUAGCAUGCUCUAAAGUGAGCGAGGAGGCAAAGUUGUUCCCUUUGUUGCUUAGCACUGAAUUGCAUCCUAGACUUAAAGUGUGGCCAAAAGGCUUCGAGAACUGGGGUCCCAGUGAUCAUAGUAUUGCGAUAUAUAUGUUUCCCGAUAACAAGAGUGAACAAGAAUUUUUUGAUAGCCUUGUUGUCGAAAUGAUCCGCAACGAUCUUGCCAUGAGAGCUGUAGUGACCAAUGCAGAGCUCCUAGUUUUCACUUCCACGAAGCUGCCCUUGCACCUCUGGAGAUUCCAGUCAAAAUUCUAUUUGUGGGGGGUUUUCAGGGGUAAGCAACCUUCAAUUGUGUCCAAGGUUGAUGUUAACAUGCCUGUAUCAGAGAAAGAUCCGUUGAAGACGGUUACUUGGAAGACACACAGCCCUGGGAGUCCUCUGAGCGUCAGUGGAAGCGACGGCUCGAGCUCUGUGUAUUGACAAAUUUUUUUGGUUCCUCCAGAUUUAGAUGUGCAGGUUUGGAAUCGCUUCUAUGUCAAAUGUACAGUUGAAGCACCGGCUCGCCCUUACCGAGUCUUUCAUUUGUUGUUUGUUCGUAUGGCUUUUUGUUCUGUCGCCUAAACUAAUUUUUUGUGCUAAUGGAUGUGUAAGCCUGAAGAAGGUCGAAAAUAUAGAAGGAUUCUUACUCUCUGUCCA